AUGUGCGACGAUGAAUGUGAAACUUGUGACACAGUGACUCAGCGGGCGGUGCAGGCCUCGCCGGCGAAGCCAGAAGUAACUAUUGCCGAGACACAAACUGAUGCCCCGUUCUGGGAGCCAAGACAACAAGCCAAAAACCCGCAGAGCAAACAAAGAUCGCCGCCCGAUCUGCUGCGUCUGGCCAACUGGCAGCUGGACGAUGUGCAGCAAUGGAUGGGCACCGUGGAGCCCCAUUCCAAAGAUCUGCUCGAAUGUUUGCGCAUCGAGGCAAUCGACGGCCAGGUGCUGCUCGCCCUGACGGAGGAGGAUGUGCGCGAUAUGCGCUACAAGUUGAACUACAAGCUGACCUUUGGCGAGAUGAAAAAGUUUUGGCUAACGGUUUACAAUAUGCAGCUACAGUGGAGGCAGGAGCAGCAGCUGCAGCAGCCGGCGCAGAAGUUGCUCUCGAAUGGCGGCCCAGCCGUCUCCUCGACGCCCCUCGUCCUGGGCAUUUCCAGUACUUUGGGAUCUCCGACAUCGCUUGGCAACGUUUUUAUAACGCCCAAUGUGAACCUCGAGACGUGUCCAUGUCCCGAAGCACAGGACAUGGCCGAUGCACAGCAGGAGAAGAGCAAGCUUUUGGAGGCGCCCGAAUAUUUUAAGACCGCAAUCAGUUUAGGCUACUCUUUCAUGGUCACUUGGAUAACAUCGUUUGUGAUGGUGAUCGUGCACGAGCGUGUGCCCGAUAUGAAACGUUAUCCCCCACUGCCGGAUAUAUUCCUCGACAAUGUGCCGCACAUACCCUGGGCUUUCAAUAUGUGCGAAAUAACCGGUUCGCUAUUGUUCACGAUUUGGCUGAUUGUCCUAAUCUUCCACAAAUAUCGGAUGGUCCUGCUGCGUCGUUUCUUUGCACUGGCCGGCACCGUGUUCCUGCUCCGGUGCGUCACCAUGCUGAUCACAUCGCUGAGUGUGCCGGGCACACACUUGCAGUGCAACCAGAAGGACUUUGCCAUCGACGAUCCGAAUGUGGAUGUGUUUGGCGCCCUGGUAAUACGGAUGACGCGCGCCUAUCGCAUCUGGAGCGGCCUGGGCAUGUCCAUACAGGGUGUGCGCACGUGCGGCGAUUAUAUGUUCAGUGGUCAUACGGUGGCCUUGACGCUGCUCAACUUUUUCAUCACGGAAUAUACGCCGCGCAAUCUUUACUUCCUGCACACGUUGACCUGGCUGCUGAACAUGUUCGGCAUCUUCUUUAUACUGGCUGCCCAUGAGCAUUACUCGAUCGAUGUAUUUGUUGCCUUUUAUAUAACCUCCCGACUAUUUCUCUACUAUCACACGCUGGCCAACAAUCGGGCCCUCAUGCAGAGCGACUCGACGCGCACGCGCAUUUGGUUUCCCAUGUUUAGCUACUUUGAGAGCUCUGUGGAGGGCAUUAUACCCAAUGAAUUUGAUACGCCUGGCACGCUGAUGGAUUCAUUUGUGCAGCAGAUCGUUCGUAUCAAGGAUGAAGCUGUGUUUAUUGCCAAUCGGAUGUGGUUGGCCAGGCAAAUGGAAUCGGAGAGGUCAACAUUGGACAUAUUUCGUACCUCCGAGCCGGAUAACAAAAAUCGUCCGAUGGGCAGCAAUUUGCGCAAGUCUUCCACGCAGGCACCGCAACAGUUUAAGCGGACAACAAAGGAUACAGUCGCCACAGUUGUUGCAACCGAUUUGAGAACUUCGUUCACAGAGAAGAAAGUGCUCUGAGUCUUCCAGCUGCAUCACAAUUCUUAUUUGUUUAUCGUCGUUCCAUGAAUGAAUCAAAACAUUGCGGAGAAAGAAAAACACACACACACACACACACACUCAGACACUCGAACACACACCGACUGAUAAUUUGUACUUUUAAAAUUGAUACUAAUACUUUUCCCCUUACAGCACCUGUUUCUGUAUUAUCAUAUAUAUAUAUAUGUAUAUAUCUAUGCA